CUUGUUCUUGUGCUGCUGGAUAUCACCCCCAUGAUGACUGUAUUGGAAGGCGUAGUGAUGGAGCUGCAGGAUUGUGCUCUACCGCUGCUGAGAGAGGUCAUUCCGACAGACAAGGAGGAAGUUGCAUUCAAAGACCUUGACAUAGCAAUUCUGGUUGGCUCCAUGCCAAGGAGAGAGGGCAUGGAGAGGAAGGAUUUACUCAAAGCAAAUGUGAAAAUUUUCAAGUCUCAGGGUGCAGCCUUGGACAAGUAUGCCAAAAAGACUGUCAAGGUUGUGGUAGUUGGGAAUCCAGCAAAUACUAACUGCCUGAUCGCAUCAAAGUCAGCCCCAUCGAUACCAAAGGAAAACUUCAGCUGCUUAACUCGUUUGGAUCACAACAGAGCUAAAUCUCAGAUUGCUCUGAAACUUGGUGUGACUGCUAAUGAUGUGAAGAAUGUAAUCAUCUGGGGCAACCACUCUUCCACUCAAUAUCCAGAUGUUAACCAUGCGAAGGUAAAUGUGAAAGGAAAAGAAGUUGGAGUUUAUGAAGCUAUAAAAGAUGACAGCUGGCUGAAGGGAGACUUUAUCCUGACUGUUCAGCAACGUGGAGCAGCCGUUAUUAAGGCUAGGAAGCUGUCCAGUGCGAUGUCAGCUGCCAAAGCUAUCUGUGACCAUGUGAGGGACAUCUGGUUUGGCACUCCAGCGGGGGAAUUUGUUUCCAUGGGAGUAAUUUCUGAUGGCAAUUCUUACGGUGUUCCUGAAGAUUUGCUAUAUUCAUUCCCUGUUGUGAUCAAGGACAAGACCUGGAAGUUUGUUGAGGGUCUUCCUAUUAAUGAUUUUUCUCGUGAGAAGAUGGAUCUGACUGCUAAGGAGUUAACUGAAGAGAAGGAGACUGCUGUGGAAUUCCUCUCCAGUGCAUGACUAGGUGAUGAGGAAAUAAAAAAUCAUUUAAGAGUGGAAGAAUCUAAAAGUCGUCUCUAAGUCUGCUACCAAACGCUAUUACUGUAUUCAAGUCAACUGUCUGUGGCAAUUGUGCAUUUUAAAGUUCAUAUGCUUACUGGUACUGUUGUGCCUAUUGAGUUAUUAGCAAAAAGAUUAUUAUUAAAGAAGUGAAACUACUUUGUUGACCAAACUUUAUCCGUUCAAUACUAGUUGCUUUCUGUGUAUGAUACAGCAUAAUUGUUUGCCUUGGCUACUAACGCACAAUUUGGGUUUUGAGUAGAAUUUGGCACUAUUGGAACACGUCCUAGUCCACAGCAUCCCAUGGCUCAACCGAAAAUGAGAUUAGAAUGCCAAUAGUUCUCCUUGAACCAGAAGUUCAGUGACUUAAGUCUAUCACUGGACAGACUCCAAGUAUAUACUGUUCACUCUGGUUAUGCUUACAAUGUUUGUCAAUAGAAAUAUUAAAAGAUGCUUAAUCACAUAAUGGCUAAGAGUAGUGUGUUUGCACUUUAUUUGCAUGUUUUAGUUACGUAACUAGCAGAAUGUGAUAGUACAACAUAAAAAAACCCUGAAGACUUAUUUUAAAGAACUGAGGGAAACUAGUUUUAAGAAGCUUUAUUGAUGACUAGCACUUCCAUUUGUUUCUCACAAGUAAAAUUGCUUUAUGUCAACAUCAGACACAAAAGCUUAAAGGAAGAUUUGUACUCCAGCCCUGCAGUGUUGGUACUGUAGCUCAGUACUAAUUUGAUUGUAGCUUCAAAAUCUUUUGUCCCAGGAGACAAGGACUCACUUGGUUAAGGCCAAAUGAGGUUAAUACACUAGCCUGAGAAUUUUUCUAGUGCAGCCUACAAACUUGUAACUUCAGGAAGGUUCAAAUAUAUUGUACUGUAAUUAUUCCUGUGCAAACACACAGGUGAAUGUUGCUGUAACUCUUCUGCUAGACUCCUGCUUUGUCUGUUCCUACUCUAGUAACCCACCUUGCAUAGAUUUAAGGGAUCUAGACUAGGUUUGCCGUUUUAGGAAUUUUUUUGAUGUACUACCCAUUCCGUUUGUUUUCUGAGCGCCUUAAAUACUUUCUGUCCUGGUUGCAGAGUGCAGACUCUCAUAGACAAUGUCAGUGCUAAGUUGUUGUCUGUCCUAUUCCAAUAUCAGCAUUUCUGCCUUCUACUAAAGUAAAACUUGGGUCUGUCGUACCUGGAGUCAUCACAUUCCUCUUUGGUUUGUUAUCCUUAGUGAGGAUUCAAGAAGUAGAACUCUUUUGACACACACAAAAAGCUUAAACUGGAUUCUAAGCUAAUUGAAUGGUUUCUUUAAGUAUUUAUCAAGUAGAAUAUAAAAUAAAUCAGCAAACAUCAAUCAGCUUAUCCUUAAAAAUAAGUCUGCUCUCAGAACACUGCUGUAGCUAUUAAGUAUAGUGACAGUGAUGCAGCAGAGACUUACUAUAUAUAUAUAGCUGAAGGGGAAGACAAGCAUUUUGGAAAAUGAGAAUAUCUGCUGCAGCACAGGCCAGCUGGAGACAGGGCACAGCAAGUGAAUUCCUUGCAUGUUUAUGAAGCAGCUGUUGCAAGAACUUAUGCAUUCUUGCAGUUUUAGGAAUAGACAAGAAGUAUAUGCACCAUAUUUUUUUCAUUGUUUUUCUCAUUCCUCUAAGCCCCUUGGAGUUUAGCUGUGGAGAAAUGAUAAGAAAAUUUCAUAUGUCUGUCUUUUCACAACAGUUUGGGAACUUCUGCAGAAAUUAGGGGGGUAAGGAAAGCUGCCAGGGUGAUGACUGCCUUCUGGUGUUCCAUACAAAGUCAGUAAAAUCUCACUUGCACAUGAGCCAGGGGGACCACAGGAAUUCCUUUCAGCAAUUACCAUGCUACAGCUUAUUUU